AUGAAAGUAAAGAGGUCGAUCCGAAGACCCUCCGGACUUACUCCGAAAGCAAAGUUCGGAAAGGUGAGCCUAUUUUCCUGAUUUUUAAUUCGCGCUAUGCAGAAAUCGCUGAGAAUGAACGUUAUUUUUUCAAUUUGAAAGAUUAGUUGUAAGGCCCAAAACUUCAAAAUCGACAAAAAUAAGCGCCUUAUCCCUACGUUUCCAGGAAGACAUUGGUGAGAAUCCCAAAGAUUUCAUCACAACCGUUUCCAAGACCCGUAACCUUACAGCGCGCCAAUCACAAUUUGAUGGAGUAAUGGGCAACAGUAGAAUUGAAAUGGCCGCGUUUUUGGAGAAGAGAGACAAGGAUGGAAGUCGGCUUCCGAUCCCAGUUAUUGACAGGCUAAGAGUCAAGUUGAGUACGAAGAUAGCCGGCGACAAAGAUUAUUACAACGCAACUUAUUUCACGGCGAACGAAGAGGACUUUAUCAUUGCGCAAGGACCUAAUUUUGCGAAUGUCGGUCAAUUCUGGAGGAUUGUAAGGGAUCUUAUGCUAUUUUUUUAAACCAUGUUUGGGCUCAAAACUUAUAUUAUUACACUAAACAGAAAGAACAAUAUUUUUAAUUCUCACAGGUCUACACGAACGGCUGCCAACUGAUCAUCUGCACCGUCGAGGACAAAUCCUUUUCUGAUACGGAACGCUCAAAAUGUUUCAAUUUCUUUCCCCGCGAGGAGAAUAAAUCGCAGAAUUUCUUGAACGGCCGAUUCACCGUCAAAUGUCUCAAGAAACAAGGCCAGAAGGGAUUCGCGGUUUAUGAGAUCCUCUUGACUUCCACGGAUCCGAUGCCGAAGAAGGAUAAGGAUGACCCAGAGUCAGGAGCGGCAGUCAGCGAAGCGCAGGAUGACAAAAACAAGACGAUCAGUUUGAUCCAUAUUUACGACUGGAAACUGGACCAAUGGCCGGAUUUGGAAAUGCUGUAUAGCGCAUUGCAGAUGGUCCUGGCCAAGGAAGACGCGAUUUUCAAGAAAGCUGCGGAUUCUUUUAUCCCGCCGGUGAUUUGUAUGGGAUUAAAUGCAAUUCAACGGUAAGGGUGUACGAUUCAACCGAUCAUAGUUCAUUGUCUAGGCGAUAAUUGCAACAUUGCGUUCAAAAAAAUUUGAUGACUGACAGACUAUAAAAAAAACGAAAAAUUUAAGAAAUAUGUGGUUAUCAGUUUGAGAAAUUUGAAUAAUUAUACUUGACAGUCAUCAUGAAAACUAAAACCUUUCAGACCUUGCGCCAUGUCGCUGUGGAUCACCCUAAUGAAACAAUGCGAACAUCGAGAUUCCUUUGACAUUGAGACCCUGAUAAGAAACAUGAUUCGAGUCCGUCCCGGUGCCUUCACUGACAAGUUAACUUUCUUCUUGGUCUAUGCAAUGGGAUUUAAAAUGGCCGCUAAAGCCGGAUGGCUCACUACUGAGGUAGGUUUCAGUGAUAUUUUGACUCUAUUUCCAAUUAAUUUUCGUAUUUUAGGACGGAAAACAACGGGUCGCCGAGAUUGAAGAGGGUUAUAAGAAAAUUUCGAAAUAA